UUGGGCUACGGAUGACCUGUACAAACUGCCAUAAAAAAGGACACAAUAUCAAGACCUGUAAGAAUGAGAAGGCACCGCCUAAGCCCAAGGGCAAGAGAGGAAGGCCAAGAAUUCAUCCAAUCCAACCUCCAAGACCAAAGAAAAGUAAGGGUGAGCAGACAACAACAUCAAGUGAGCAAGUUCAAACAAGGCCGAGGACAGGAUUUAUUCCUCCUAGGAGUACAAGACUUCAGCAACAAAACCAAAGUUCUUCACAAAGCACAGUGACAGGAAGCAAAGAAGGCCCCUCAACCCAAGAAAGCACAAAUCCAGCUGGGAAUUAGAUGAUGCGUGUUUCACUAAUAGUGGACAUGGUUUUUUUGUAAACAAGUCAUGGUUAUUUUGUAAACAAGAAAGCACUCUUACUGUGGUUUUUUUGUAGACAUGCAUCCCCUUUUGAUGUAACAGAUAGGGCUUUUUAGACCCUUUUUAAUGAAGUAAUACAUGUGUUUUGUGCCUAAAUUGUUCAUCUUAGUCUUACAAUUCAAUAUCCAAAUAAUUUGCACAUAAAGUAUCUUGUAUAGUGAA